AGCGUGUAGGUUACUCAUACGUCGCAUCCUUCUUCCGUAGCCCGGCGCUCGUAGUAACUCGAUCUCGUCAGACACGAUGAUGAAGUUGAUGUUGUUGAAUGUAGCGGCGCUGCUGACGCUGGCAAGCGGUGACACGACGCCCGUCUGGAGCCCUCAGCCGCGCGUGUAUCACGAUAGCAGCGAGCAGGCACGGCCGUACGCGUUCGAGUUCGAGGUUGACGCUCCUUACCACGGCACUUGGCACGACCGUCGCGAGCAGAGUUCAGGGUCGCUCACCGAAGGCAGGUUCAGAGUAGCUCUCCCCGACCACCGCCUCCAGACCGUCACCUAUAAGGCCAAGCACGGCCAGGGCUUCCUUGCAGACGUUCUGUUCGAGCAGCAUCCUGACUUCCCCUCUCUCCGAGGCCACAUCGGCAAAGCGCCCGCCAUUGGGCAGUCGGUGGUGCCCGGCUUGAAGGCUGCGUCCCCGUCAUCGGGUAUCACGUACCCCAAGUCCUUGCAAAACUCCAACCCGGAGUUUCAUCACCGAAUACCCAAAUUCGAUAACAAAAUAGCUGUCGGGAACGAAUUCGGUAGUAAGCCGCAUAGUAACUUGAAGCCUUUCAGCAAACCUGUCCACACCGACUUCGAUCCUCACAACCAUCCUGUGAAACAUUCCGCCAGUUCCCACACUUCUUUUUCCUCAGAACCUUUAUCAGCUUUCAUUGCUGUCGGUAAGCCUGCAGAAAAGCCACACGCUAAUCAUUUUACCGCACCUGGAACCUCACCACCGCGGGCAAAUUUUGUGCCAUCACGACACACUCUGAGACCUGUGGUUGCCAAGCCUCAAAGCACGGGUCAAAAAGGACGACCAUUGACGCUACCAACAAUUCCUAAUCUCCUUCAAGGAGUUCGGGCGCGUCCUCGACCACAACCAACAAAACCUCAGAUCACCAGACCACCGAAGCAGCAGCAGAAACCUCCUUCAGGAUCACGACCUGCAUUGUUACAAGAAGGCGUGCCAGUACCGCACUUCCCAAACCAGCCUCCUAAGGACUCCAUCGAACCUCCCACAACGAACAGGGAGUCCUUCAACCUGGCCAAUAAAGACAGAGAUCGCUACAAAAUUAGGCCUGAAGAGAUGAACAGCGUGCGGUCACGGCUCAAUGGUAUCGUGCAUCAUUAGUAUACGGAAUUUUGUGACCAAUCAUCAAGCAAUCGCAAUUGUUUUCUUAAAUGUUUCAGUAAUGCCUGAUUGAAUGAAAUUAGGCUGCGACGGUUUUCGGAGGCUCACGAAGCCUUGCAAAUAAAUUUUUAAAGGUAGAAUUAAUUGAUCCUCUUUAUAAUUAUUCCUGCAAAUAAUUAUUGUAUUCUGUCAAGCUGAUGGCGUUCUGAUAGAACAGGAAGUAUAUACAGAUAAAAUUUAAAUAAUUUAAAAGCUACGAGCUUAUUCCGAGAAUUUUCUGUCAUUAUUUAGCCAAAUUUUAACGGAAUUGUACGCUGAUUUGUCUAUAUAUUUUAAAUACAUUUUUCCGUUUUUCGAACAAUUGAGUCAUGAGUUUUGACCAAAGGCUUGUGUCGAUUCAAUGAUCUGAGUUUGAUCAGCAUUGAUCAAUUUUUAUUUAGUCCAGUUAAUGUUAAUCGAUCCCUAACGACGUUCUCCAUUAAUCUAUGUUGUAAGGAAGAUAAAAAGAGACCUCCCCAGUGAGUGAUUAUAAGAUAUUAAAUAAAAAACCAAAUUAUAAUACCGUGUUAGUGGUUUAUUUACAAAAUUUUUCGAUAACCGAAAUUUUUUUAAUGUAUAUAGUAUAAAUAGAUCGAAUCGAUAAGGAAAUUUUUGAAGCAGAGAUUUCUACCAAUCAUUAUUUUUACCGUCGAUAUCUGAAAAUAAUUUACCUUGAUUCAUGAGAAACGCAAUCUAUCAUUAUCAUUGAGAGAAUUUAAAUACCGACUCUCGUGACAUAAUUUGUAUUACCGAAAAUUCUAGAGAAUAAUUUCAUCUUAAAUAAUAUAUUACGCAAAAACUCUCAAUUGCGCUGUAAAUUGAUGAAAUCCUUUAUGAGCAAUCAUCAGUCAUAGAAAGUGUAUACAUUGACUUGCAAUAUAACACAACAUCAAUGCUGUGUUAUAUGGCUUCGAUAAAUAAAUGUCUUAGCUAAAUUAUUUUUCGAUAUUUAAUAAUCAAUUGUCUCAAUUGUCAGUUGCGAAAGCUGUGCAUGCGAUCUAAUUCCAUUCAUUCCAGAUACUUAAAGAACGGACCGUUAACUUAUUACCGGGCCAAUAAUUUAUAAUAUAGUAGAUACUUAUAGAACAGACCGUUAUUUUGAUGAUAUAAUAGAUACUUAUUUAUCGGACCAAUAAUUUAUAAUAGAGUAGAUACUUAUAGAACAGACCGUUAAUUUAAUAAUAUAAUAGAUGCUUGUAAAACGGAACGGUGCUGCUUUUAAACAGCAUGAGCCAUCGGGUUGGAUUGGUGUCGUCAGCCAACACAGGGAAAAAAUAUAAAUUUAAAUUCAUUUUUUCAUAAAGAAUCAAUUUAGCUUGGAGAAUUACUUUUAUCUAGAAUAUCGUUCGAAAUUAGUAAGACUUUAAUGCGUGUUUGAAUUUUACAAUAUAUCUAGAUUAAACAGCUGUUGCUAUUUACUAUCAUCGACAAAAGUGCAACGAAUAAAAUACUAAUUGAACGAAUGAAGACUUGUUAUUACUUGACCUAGUAAAAGACAUCUAAAUGUUAAAUUUGCGGUCAAGAAAUAAAAUCUGCAGUACUGUAUAAUAAGUAAUUGUUUAUGUCUAGCAACAAUAUGUAUAAGCACCCGUACUCACUAUUAAAAAAAAUAAUUUGCAAUCAAAGAAAAUAAGGUCCAACGGUAAAAAAUUACAAUACUAAUUUUUUAAUUGGGAAAAUACAUAGAACGUAGU